GGGUCAUUCAUCGCAUAACUAUUCUUCCAACCCCCAUCGACAGCGACGAUACACAUGUAGCUAGCACCCACUCCUGUUCACUCGUACGGCAUUGCUUCCAGCUCGCAGCUGAUCGCCAGGUCCAUAUAAUACCAGACACUGGCCGUCCGACUCCCAUUUUGACGCAGCCCGCUGCCCAUCCUCUUGUCACGCCUUCUUCCGCCACACCUUCUUCCGCCACACAUCCACAGCCGAAAUCCAAAGUACUUAUAGCGCGGCAACGCCCCCAGAAACAUGCGAGCGAGCAGGCUCAGAACGGUGCCGGCUCAAUGUACCGUUCUCGCCGUUCUGCUUAUAUGUGCCGCACGAGCGCUCGCCGCCGCCCCCUGUCCGAGGGACGUAACCCCCUCGGAGUUUACGUCCGCGUCUGAUGCUCGAGCGGCGUACUAUGCUGCGAAUAAUACUAUGUUGAUAUUCGAUGCGUCGGCGAACGACCAUAAAGUUUCUUUUGCGGCGGGUAAUGGAAGCGUGAUCGGAAUCAAUCUGACCAGUAUCGCCGCCUCCUGUGGGAGCAACCGGGAUGCAAGCUCUUACGGUAAUCUGCGCUUCAGCAUGGCGCUUAGCGAGCCCAACAUCAAUUUCAUGGUCCGGUUGAAACUGUUCAACGAGCCCUCUAAAUGUGGGACCUACAAUGACACUCACGACAGCGAGAGCGUGUCAAGUGUCGAACUAUAUCCGGAAGAUCAAAAGUACUCGCUCCUAUCCCUCAAGUUUCGAGCUCCUCGUGGGAUCGGAUUGCUAGCCCAGCCGAUCUCUUUCGGGGACAUCUACGGCGUCGAGCUGUUCAACUUCAGUUCACCGACCAACGCAACGAUGGGUGGCGUGGUACUCGACCCAACGGCAUGCCCCCAGCCCCCCGGGCCUGAGAUCACGAGCGACAACAGCGGCCGUCCCGACAUGCGACCGAGCAAUCUCAAUUUGGCUUUAACAAUCGGCUUCUCGCUGACCAUUAUCGGCUGCUUCGGUUACUGCAUAAUGCGCUGCCGCCGCAACAAGGAUUCAAGGCUGCAUAUUGCUCAAACCGUGCAGGAUGCCGAAUUAGGCCCCACGCGGCCGCGCCCGCCGCCCCGGUAUGCUACCAAUGCGCCGUUGGAUGCACGCGUGCUGGCCCACGACCCGCUGCCGCCGUACGAGCCGCCCCCGAAGGAGUUCUGGGAGCAGGAGGGGUAUACGGCGGCUGAAGAGCGGGAGGAGAGUCCGGACGGGACGAGGAUAAGUGCGGGCAACGGCGGUACAUUCGAGCAUGACACGAUACAUGUCGUCGGGUAUGCGGAUGUCUCGCCCCAUGUUGACCGUGAACAUGGAGCGAACGUGCCUAGGAGCGCCACAUGACCCUCACAGGACUCGCAACAGGCUCAACAGAUGCCUGCGAGUUCACCUGAAAGUGUAACUGUAUAUAGCAGUCAGAGCGAAAUAUCUUCCCCUACAUUCUCCGACUUGAUGGCGUAUGACGCUGCUUUCUCCCAUUUGUAUAAACCUGUUUCGGCGGUAUGUUACUCCCCUUCACUAUCGGCGAAGUUUGCUUCGCCUCACCCUUCAUUGAACAAUUUGUAUGUAUGUACUGUAGAUAUCACUAUCCCCUCCAUCCUUCCACUCCGUAAUAUGGGAACUCGGAUGGAAGCGCCAUCGUGUAAUGUUCGAUCGAAAAGUGGUUGGGAGAGUCGGCGUU